GACGUACUUUCCGGAGCAAAGUCAAAUUUGCUGCAAAUAUACCUCCCUAGGCUUCUCAUCUGAAAGAACGACCUCUUUACAAAAUCAUAAUGCCGUUCAUUGAUUUAGAAAGUAAUUUACCUGAGAGUACGUUUUCUGAGAAUUUCUUGAAAAAGCUGUGCUCCAAAACAGCCGCUGUUCUAGGGAAACCCGAAGAGAGAAUGAUGUUGGUGGUGAAACCAGGACUGCCAAUGCUCAUGGGUGGAACUAGUGCUCCCUGCGUGAUACUGUUCGUGUCCGCCAUCGGUGUCACUGACACUGCUGAGAAGAACAAGGAACACAGUGCCAAUAUCUUCCCUUUCCUUACAGGAGAACUUGGACUUACUGAAGACCAGGUCAUGAUCAGGUUCUAUGUCCUGGAGCCACAUCAGGUAGGAAAGAAAGGAACUGUUAUGAGUUACCUGUAGGAGGAACUUUCAGCACCAGAAUGACUUCACACAUCUGUUCCACAACAGUUACCAAACCCUGGCAGUGGGUUUCCACCACUCAAUUGGACAUGACAUACCAUAUGACAAAGACCUGUAUUGGAUUUUAUCACUAUGGUAUUUGACCCCAUGAAUCUAUGCCCUGGAAACUCAUUCAUUUAUAUUGCGACAGUAAACCAGAACCGCACAUUUGACAAGCUAGAUGAUAUAAGAAUAUAUUCAUGUUUGAUUAGAGGAAAUGUAAACCAAUUGACCUUUAUUCAAAGCUAUUACUAUGUAAGUUCACGUAUUCAUGUCAUAUCUCAACCAUCUGAUAAUGUGUUUGAGAUGUUUUUUUUCUGCUAUGUUUUGUUAGUAAUAACCACAAUGACCAGCAUAGAUGAUAGACUAGUAUUAGCAGUAAAUCUUUAAGUACGUACUGUGCAAUGGAAGUCAGGUAAAUGUCAAUGGCCGCUGUGAAACACCAUUCUAUGCAUUUGUUAAGAGUAUAGAAGUAGAUAAGGACAUAACAGUGUUGCAUUGGACUAACAUGCACUCUGUAUUUGUGAAGGACUGUGCUUAGUAAAUUUACAUGUAAUGUAUUCCUUUCAAUUUCAGUCCUUUUAAUAUAUGAGUAUCAAGUAAAUGUUGUGAAGGCUUUGCUGUACAAUUAGUCAUACUAGAAGUAAAAGUACUUAAAUUAUUGUGUCCCGCAUGACUAAAUUAUUUACUGGAUUUAAUGUCUUGCCAAUAUUUCUUUACACUCAACAGGAAGAGUGGAAGGGUUUAAAAAUAAUACAAGGUGCAAAUGUGACAUUGAACAGCUAGAUAUUUAGGAAAAGUGGACUGUAUAAACCAAUGUAAAAAUGUAGCUAUCUUUCCAUGUGAAACACCCCACUGAAGGCAACAAAAAAUAAACAUUUAG